AUCCAUUUGAAAUACACAAAGCUGAACCAGGAACUACGUCGAGAUUCUUCCCCUCUUUUAAGUGCGCCCGCCCCCCGCACAGUCUGUGAUUGGGCAAGACUUUCGGUUUCUGUGCUGUGAUUGGAUAAUUCCGCUGACUGUCAUAACUUCAGGUGACUCAAGGAUGGGGAAAAAGGAUGCAAGUUCUGUCAAGCUGCCGGUCGAUCAGUACCGUAAACAGAUCGGAAAACAGGAUUACAAGAAAACCAAGCCGGUGCUGCGAGCCACUCGGCUGAAGGCGGAGGCGAAGAGGAGUGCUCCGGGAAUCAGGGAUAUCAUAUUGGUCUUUGUAGCGGUCUUGGUCUUCCUGCUAGUCGUCUAUGCUUUCUUCUACCUCAACCUGAGCACAGAGCUGGAUCUGGAUUUGGACAUGGACUGAAGGACUUUUCUUAAAGGAUUCUGGGUGGCUCAACCCAUGAACCACUCAUGGUGUGCCAGCGGUUUCAUAGUAUUACACAUUUGCUAUAUUUGUCCCCUUUUAUUCAAGCUGACACUGAAAGAAGAUGAGUCUUAAAGUGCAUAGAAGCAUGAAGUCAAAGAUUUUCUUCCCGUGCAAUGUUGAUAUUCUUUUUGAUUAUUAAUAAAGCUUCACAUGUCCCACAGCUUUGGGAUUUGAAGAACCAGCUUGUUUUCCAUUUGGAUCUUUUAGUUUUAAAGGAAUAGUUCAUCCAGAAAUGAAACUUCUGUCAUCUUUAACUCACUCUUGUGUCUUUUGAAAAGCAUUUGGCUCUCUGCAUGAAACACAAAAGGAGUUAUUUAUAUCACAAUUUCUAGUGUUUUUUUUUUUUUUUUUAGUAUAACACUCGAUUUUCACUGAAUAGCAAAUAUCAGUGACAAAGCUAUUACCAGGAAAUUUCUAUGUUGCUUUUUGGAGUUAGACAAAAACUGGUCCAUCUUCGUUUUCACUUAAUGAAAAAGAGCAGCUCGGCUUCUAAACUUCUUAUUUUUGUUCCACAAAAGAAGUCAUGCAUGUUUGGAAUGACAUGAAGGUGAGCAAAUGAUGAUUAACUUAAAUUUUUUUUGGUGAACUAUCCCUUCAAUCGUUUCCAUCUCACUAUGGUAUAUUAGCACAGAUGGAUUCAUUUUUAACCAAAUUGGUUGAAAUUGUAUUACAUAAUCCAUUGGCGAUAAAAGCUCAAAAUAAAAUCCCCAUCCUGUGGAGAAAAUGUUUCCGAUAAAUGAGGGAGACGAGAAGGCAUAUUGCAUUCCGUACCACAAACACUUCUUCCAGAUCUAGACAUCUCAAUGCUGGAGAUCAGAGGCAAUCUGUGAUCUUGUUUGUGUGUGUAAUGCUGACAUUCUCCGUCUCGUUUCUCGUCAUCGUACAGCUCAUUAGCAUAUCAAACAUAGCAUUCUUUGGUUACUGAAAGCUAAAAGAGCAUCAGUGAAGAAACCUAACAUUCCCACGUAGACCUUGAUGUGCUUUUUUUAUGUCACCUCUAGAGAUGUAUAGAAACCGCACUUGAAGCAUCAUCAGCCAGCAUGAGGUGCUGUUACUUUAAGCUAGCGUGCAUCUUUUGAUCUAUCUCAGAAGAUAAAAUGCAUGGCCCUGCCUUGUUCUCUGACUUCCAGUGCUUCCUUUACACACUGCUGGGCCUGUGUGUGUGUGUGUGUGUGUUCGUCAGAGUACAACAGAGUCGUAGGGUGGAAAAUGAAAGGCUGAAGCUGAUGACAUUCAAAGUUCAUUUACAUUCUCUUUGUAUAGUGCAUUGGAUCUCAUACAAACGCACAGCAACGACUUAUUUCAUUCCAGGCCGUGAGAGUUGUUUUAUCUUUCCCUGCAUGAGGUAUAUGUGUCUAACUCAGGACAACGGCUUUGCUACUCAACCCUUGUUUUCCUGGGAUGUCUGACUGUUAUCAUUAAUUCAAGGAUUGAUACCCUAUUGAACAAAACAUUUUUGUAGCCUGUCUUUGAUUUGGACUCGAGAGCUUUCCAAAUUCUUUCAUAGUGAGACCGAACUAAACCAAAACAAAGAGUCCCGUGUUCCUUGUUGACUGUUUUGCUUGUUUUUCUUCUCUUGUUUCUAUCAUACUUGAGAUAAAAUAAUAAACAUUGUCAAAACACGUUGAUAUUGAUAAAA